AUGUCUUCUGAGUUACCUAUUUGGCUGGCAGGAGACGGUCAAUUUGACUCCCCUGGAUUUUGUGCAAAAUACUGUACAUACUCUGUAAUGGAUAUUUGCUCUGGCAAAAUUGUGGAUUUUAAAUUGGUUCAAAAGGGCCAAAUAAAAGGUGACCUAGAAAGACAAGCUUGUGAAAAACUACUAACAGAGUUAAAAAAUGUAUAUGAUUGUGUAAUUGUGUUGUUACUUACAGAUAGACACAAAGGAAUUCGUAAAUAUAUCCGAACCCAACAUUCAAAAAUUACGCACGAAUUUGAUAUAUGGCAUUUGAGUAAAAGCUUGAUGAAGAGAUUUAAACCAUUGGAAAAAAAGUAUCCUGAUGCAUUUUUAUGGAAGUCUUCAAUAAACAACCAUCUUUGGUGGUCUGUCCAAACAUGUGAAGGAAAUGGAAAAUUGUUAGUUGAUAAAUUUAUUUCUGUAUUAUAUCACAUUUCUAAUAAGCACGAAUGGGUUGAAGAUGCUAAUAAAAAUCAAUGUCAACACGAAAAAUUAACAGAAAAUGAAAUACGAUCAAAAUUAUGGCUAAAUGAAGAUAGUGAGUCCUACUAUGCUUUGAAGAAAAUCAUUAUGUCAAAAGAUUUACUAAAGGAUUUAGAUCAUGCAAAGAACUUCGUGCACACUGGUCGAUUAGAGUCAUAUCAUAACUUACGUUUAAAAUAUAUGCCAAAAAGAAUCCAUUUAAAGUAUAAAGGUAUGCACAUGAGAAAGAACUAUGAUUGCCAUUUUAGACCAUAA